AUGAAGAAUCCCUUCAAGAGCCAUCAGGAAACCGAAGUAGUCGGAUCCGACUCGAUCCAAGACGAAGACGACCAGUGGGCAGGUUUCCAGCCACAGCAGCCUUUCCAGUUCAAUGGCACAGAUCCAGGCCCAGAAUCUCGUACUUUGCACGUCCAGUACCAGGAUUAUUGGAACCACCACACGACCAUCCGGGUGCUGGACACAGACCAGACAACGGUCAUUUACACUGUGGAUGCGAGAUACCGGAAGCCGCAGAUGACAAUCCGUUCUAACUCCAACGAUGGCGAAGUCGCGACAGUCGACUUCCAUUGCUUGACGACCCGGAUCGACAUCAGGUUGCAUGGGCGGGCGCUGUCGCUUGAGUCUUCGGGGUUCAUGAAGACCCAGUACUCGUACGCUUCCCCGGAACUUGGCGGGGAGAAGAUGACCUGGACGCCACGGAAGAAACUCGAUGACUUGAACAUGGUGCUCUUGAACGGCCAGGGAUUGGCCAUCGCCAGAUACAAGCCCAACUACAAGGGGCCGAAGCGCGGUGGGAGCAUGGAAAUGCUGGCGCCGUGCCUGACAAGUGGUGCGAUGAUGGAGGAGGUCAUUGUCAUGUGUCUGGCGGUGACGCACUACAAGGAGAGCCAGAGGAUAACAGUAGCCAUAACAGCAGCCACUUGA